GUUUACUGUCACCCCCCUGAACCUAACCUCCAAUCUCCAAUUGUUCAAUCGUGAAAAAUUAUGUUUGGUUUGGUUUGGAUUAAAACUUUUAUUCUGAUUUGACUUGAAACACAUGCAUUGGGUGACUAUAAAAAAGUUUGGAAUCCCCGGUAAAUAACAUAAAUACUUGCCAAAUUGCGUGAUAAUGCCAAAAGAACAAUACAGGGAGGCCGAUGUGGCCAGGAAAAUCUCCCAUUUAAGCUUCGGAAUUGAAAGUGCCGAGAAUAUGCAGCAACAAUCUCAUAUUCAAGUAGUAGCAAAAAAUCUAUACAAUCAAGAUACGGGAAGGACUCCUGUAUCUUAUGGUGUUCUUGAUAAAAGACUUGGUACAAACUCUAAAGAAUCGCCAUGUCAAACAUGUGGAAAAAAUAUAAAUGAGUGCGUUGGACAUUUCGGAUAUAUGGAUCUCGAACUCCCUGUCUUUCAUGUGGGAUAUUUUCGUAGUAUCAUUGCAGUACUUCAAUCGAUCUGUAAAAAAUGUUCACAGGUGCUGUUAGAUGAAUCUGAUAAAAAUGAUUAUAGACAUAGAUUAUCAAAUCCUAAUCUAAGUUAUAUAACAAAAAAAGCUUUAAGAAAAAAGAUAAAUGAAAAAUGUAAGAAAGUUCAAAAAUGUCCAUACUGUAAAUCUAACAAUGGUUUUGUCAAGAAAAUGACUGCACCUAAAGGAAGUACUACCAAUACAGUUUUGAAAAUUGUUCACGAAAUAUACAAGGAAAAAGAUAAAGAAAGGCUAUUGGAAAAACUCCCUAAUGACUUUAAUUUGGCUAUUGAAAAUAAUCCAGAAAUUCAAACAGCAUUAGGAAAUAGUGUUUCUGAAAUAUUAACACCUAUUGAUGUUGUGAAAUUAUUUGAAAGAAUACCUUCAAGUGAUAUUCCACUUUUAGCAAUGGAACCAGAAAGAGCUCAACCUAAAGAUUUAAUAUUUACAAGAAUGCUUGUACCACCAGUAACCAUAAGGCCUUCUGUAGUGUCAGAUUUAAAAGCUGGAACAAAUGAAGAUGAUUUAACAAUGAAACAAUCAGAAAUAAUAUUUAUUAAUCAAGUCAUUCAGAAACAUAAAUUGUCAGGUGCAUCAGUUAAUAUGUAUCAGGAAUGUUGGGAUUUCCUACAGUUACAAACUGCUCUGUAUAUUAACAGUGAACUUUCAGGUGUUCCACUAAAUAUGAUGCCCAAAAAAGCCGGUAGAGGUCUUGUCCAAAGAUUAAAAGGUAAACAAGGUCGAUUUCGGGGUAACUUGUCUGGUAAAAGAGUGGAUUUUUCGUCGAGAACUGUAAUUUCUCCCGAUCCAAACUUGGAAAUUGAUCAAGUAGGAGUACCGAUGCAUAUAGCUAAAAUUUUGACAUUUCCUGAGAGGGUUAUACAAGCCAACAUUCAUUUGAUGCGAUUAUUAGUUAUAAAUGGCCCUGACGUAUGGCCUGGCGCUAAUUAUGUACAGCAGAAGGGUUCAGCCUUUAAGAAAUUUCUCAAAUAUGGUAACAGAGAAAAAUUGGCUCAAGAGCUAAAGCUAGGUGAUACAAUAGAACGUCAUUUACAUAACGAUGAUGUAGUUCUUUUUAAUCGGCAACCAAGUUUGCAUAAAUUGUCUAUUAUGGCACACCGAGCAAAAAUUCAUACUAAUAGGACAUUAAGAUUUAACGAAUGUGUUUGUAAUCCAUAUAAUGCUGAUUUUGAUGGAGAUGAAAUGAAUUUGCACUUGCCUCAAACAGAAGAAGCUAAGGCUGAAGCUCUAAUUUUAAUGGGGAAUAAAAAUAAUUUAGUAACGCCGAGGAAUGGAGAAUUAUUAAUUGCUGCUACACAGGACUUUUUGACUGGAGCAUAUUUGCUCUCUAAGAAAGAUACAUUUUUCGAUAAGAUUCAUGCAAUGCAGUUGGCUGCAACUUUGUUAGCUGGAAAUGAUACCCAUAUGGAUAUUGACAUGCCUCCUCCAUGUAUUAUAAAGCCAAGAAUAUUAUGGUCUGGAAAACAAAUAAUUUCCUUAAUAUUUAAGCCAAAUAAGUCGUCAAAUGUAUUAGCGAAUCUUGAAGCUAAAGGCAAAGCUUAUACAAAAAAUAGGGAGAUGUGUGUUAAAGACUCUUAUGUAAUCAUCAAGAAUUCCCAAUUAAUUGCUGGUACAUUGGAUAAAGGACAUUUGGGUAGUGGAGGAAAAGGAGGAAAUAUAUUUUAUGUAAUUUUAAGAGAUUUUGGACAAAAUUUUGCAAUCAAAUCUAUGUGGAGACUUGGUAGGAUGACUUCAAGUUAUUUAAUGAAUACUGGAUUUUCAAUUGGUAUUGGAGAUGUGACUCCAGGUGAAGCUUUAGUUAACAGAAAAAAGAAAUUACUGAAAGAUGGAUACGAAAAAUGUGAUGAAUACAUCAAGCAAAUGGCCCAAGGCAAGUUGCAAAGUCAACCUGGUUGCACUCCAGAAGAGACCUUAGAAGCUAUAAUUUUGAAGGAGCUGUCCGUUAUAAGAGAGCAUGCUGGUCAGGCUUGUGUAGCUGAGCUCCCACCAACAAAUAGUCCUCUAAUUAUGGCUCUGUCAGGUUCAAAAGGUUCAUUCAUCAACAUUUCCCAAAUGAUAGCUUGUGUGGGCCAACAAGCGUUAAACGGGAAAAGAGUGCCAAACGGAUUUGAAGACAGAUCUUUACCGCAUUUUUUACACCACUCUAAAACACCAGAAGCUAAAGGAUUUGUUGAAAAUAGUUUUUAUAGUGGUUUAACUCCUACUGAAUUCUUUUUUCACACAAUGGGUGGGAGAGAAGGUUUAGUAGAUACAGCGGUAAAGACGGCUGAAACUGGCUACAUGCAACGGCGAUUAGUUAAAUCUUUAGAAGACUUGGUUGUACAUUAUGAUGGUUCAGUGAGAAAUGCUGAAGGUGAUAUUGUUCAAAUGACUUAUGGAUGUGAUGGCUUGGAUCCUACUUUUAUGGAAGGCAAAGAUUGUCCAGUUGAUUUUGAUAGAGUAUUAGCCCAUAUAAAAGCGAAGUGUCCAUAUAGAACCGAAAUUGCUCUUAAUGGUGAUCAGGUCAGAAAAGCAACACAAGCGUUUUUGGCUACGGGGGCGCUGGACGAAUGCAGUGACGAUUUUAAGAAAGAAUUGAGCAAAUUUAUGGAGAAUGUGGCUGAAAGAACUGACAAAGUAUUGAAACGUUUUGGUUACACAAAAGUAGUGAAAGAAAUUGAGAGAUUAACCUGCAGUCAACUAGUUACAUUCUUAGAAACAUGUGGACUAAAAUAUACAAGAUCUAUUAUUGAACCAGGAACAGCAGUUGGUGCAUUGGCUGCACAAAGUAUUGGCGAACCGGGAACUCAAAUGACACUGAAAACUUUUCACUUUGCUGGUGUUGCUAGUAUGAAUAUUACCCAAGGAGUACCAAGAAUCAAGGAAAUCAUCAAUGCUACAAAAACUAUUAGUACGCCAAUUAUUAAUGCAAGUUUAGUAAACAAUAAAGAUCCAUGGUUUGCUAGAGAAGUUAAAGGUAGAAUUGAAAGAACUACUUUAGGAGAGAUCUCUACAUUUAUAGAUGAUGUAUAUACAAAACAAGAAGCAUUUUUGUUAAUCCAGUUAGAUUAUGAAAGAAUCAAAUUACUUAAAUUAGAAAUAAAUGCUGAAACUAUUAGAUAUAGUAUCUGUACUACAUCAAAAUUAAAAUUAAAACCAGGAGAUGUGCAUGUGGAAAGCGAUACAAUAAUUACAGUGCAUCCUAAUAUAUCCAUAAAUUCAAGGAGGCUUAAUUUUGCUCUCAAUGAACUCAAAGAUCAACUACCAAAUGUUGUUGUUAAGGGAUUACCUUCGGUUAAUAGAGCUGUAAUUGCCAGAGAAGAUAGAGGCAAUAAUACAACAUACAGCCUUUGUGUUGAAGGAAAUAAUUUCAGAGAAGUAAUGGCUACUUAUGGAGUUGAUGGAAAUAAAACAGUAUCCAAUAAUAUCAUCGAAGUAUAUCAUGCACUUGGAAUAGAAGCAGCCAGAGAGGUCAUAAUGUCUGAAAUUAAAAUGGUCAUGGAAAACCACGGUAUGAGUGUUGAUUAUCGACAUAUUAUGUUAUUAGCAGCACAAAUGACUCACACUGGUGAAGUAUUGGGAAUAACUAGACAAGGUUUAUCAAAAAUGAAACCAUCUGUACUUAAUUUGGCUUCUUUUGAAAAGACUGCUGAUCACCUGUUUGAUGCAGCCUAUUAUGGUCAGACAGAUAAAAUCAGUGGUGUGUCCGAAAAUAUAAUAAUGGGAAUGCCAAUUCCUAUCGGAACAGGAAUUUUUAAGUUACUCCAUAAACCAGAAGAUGUUGACCAACAUCCAAAAACCAAUAAUCUUCUAUUUGAAUCAGCUGUAUAGAUAUUACACUGUUAACUUAUUAUUUUUUAUAUUUU